CCACAGAGAGAAACAAGCGUGUGAGAAGCUGCGCUCGUUUCUCCUUAUCGUGGGCUUUAAGACACGCACUCUAUGUAAGGUGGAAGUAACUUUUAUCCAGCAGUGAAGAGUUACAAAAUCGCUCGGGAUAUAAUUCUGGUCGAAAGAGUCACGGCAGUCGAUAACAAUGUCGGCCUCAGCGGCGAAAGUCAGUAGGAAGGAGAAUUCAAAUCACGACGGAGCGGACGAGACCUCUGAAAAAGAGCAACAGGAAGCCAUUGAACACAUUGACGAAGUACAGAAUGAAAUUGACAGACUGAACGAACAGGCUAGUGAAGAAAUUUUAAAAGUAGAGCAGAAGUACAACAAAUUACGCCAGCCAUUCUUUCAGAAGCGAUCAGAACUCAUAGCCAAAAUCCCGAAUUUCUGGGUCACAACAUUUGUCAACCAUCCACAGGUUUCAGCUCUUCUGGGGGAGGAAGAUGAGGAAGCACUUCAUUACUUGUCGAGGGUGGAGGUCACUGAGUUUGAGGAUAUCAAGUCUGGAUAUAGAAUAGAUUUUUAUUUUGAUGAGAACCCCUACUUUGAGAACAAAGCCCUUUCCAAAGAGUUUAACGUAAAUGAAGGUGGAGACCCUGUGUCCAAAUCCACUGAAAUCAAAUGGAAAGCUGGAAAGGAUUUGACGAAGCGUACAGGCCAGACGCCAAAUAAAUCUGGCAAGAAAAGGCAGCAUGAGGAACCCGAGAGCUUCUUCACCUGGUUCACCGACCAUUCGGAUGCAGGUGCUGAUGAAUUGGGAGAAGUGAUCAAGGAUGACAUCUGGCCCAACCCCCUCCAAUACUACUUGGUCCCUGACAUGGAGGAUGAAGAAGGUGACGGCGAUGACGACGACGACGAAGAGGAGGGCCUGGAAGAUAUCGAUGAGGGGGAGGAGGAAGAGGAAGGUGAAGAUGAAGAUGAGGAUGGGGACGGGGAAGAUGGAGAGGAUGACGGUGAGGAUGAUUAAGCGUUUUCAGCCAACACCAUGAUCCAGUCAUCCUUCCGUGAUCUUCCUAUAACCCACAGGAGCAAACUAUUUUGUUUUUGGGGUGGGGGGGUUUUGUAAAGAGAAAAAAAAAAAAAAAAAACCAACAACUUUUUUUCCUGUGUGUUGUCAGCCUGUCCGUCCUCUUCCUCUGCAGCCGCGGCCUGCCCAUAAUGCCAUGUCUCCAGACCAGUUCAUACACAGCAGGUCUGCACUGGGUGCGGUGGGGGUGGGGUGGGGUUGGGUGGGGGUGUCGGUGGCUCUGUGGAAGUCUCACCUGUCAUUGUUUCUGUACAUCUCCCAAAGACAUGCAAAAGAACUGAAAAAAAAAAUUUGUAGCAUUCUGCACGUCAUCCUACGUAGAUUUAAAAUACGUACAAUAGCAAUUUCUAUGUAAGAUAUGAAAUUACAGUUUCUGUUGAAGUUGUGAGUUCAAUAAAAUAAGCCAUGGUGCAGUGAUAACUUAAUCAUAGCAUCCUUAGCCACUUUUAUAUAUAAAUGUAUAUUAUAAUAUAUCCAGUGGUGGGGGUUACUACUAAGGCUUACUAGAAGUUGCAUUUCCUUUGUGACUUAUUGUACUAAUGGAACUGAUUGAACGCACCAGCUUGUUCCUUUCAGCCGUUGUAAAUGUUUUUGGGAUAUACAUGUAUCUUGGUAAGACAGUUGUUAAUUGUACACACUUUAAUGGGGAGGAGUGGUGGGGACAUCGGGGGUUUGACACCAACUCUGGACUUUCAUUAAUAAAGUUUCAUUUCUUUGUUUUUCAGGCACCCACAACAAAGUUUGAAAUGUACAUUUUUUUAUAAAACAACCUAAAAGUCUAAUUUUGAGCUUGGCUUAACAUUUGGAGAUAGGAGAGGGAAAAAAUAUUUCUGUAGGGUCCUCUGUGGAGUCUGCAAUGUUUCUCCUGUUCCACUGGAAACCUGUUCACAUUAAAUUAAGUGUACCAGUUGCUUUGUUACAAUAAAUAAAUGUAUACAUGAACAACA